AUUAGGAAAUAAAGUAAAUACCAGAGAACGUAUAUUAAAUUGAAUAUAUGAUAUACGCUCUCUGGCAUAUGUCAGGAAACCGUAUAAGAAAUUGACACCGAUUUUAUAUAGAAAGACAAAUUGUUAAUAACUUUAGGGGAACACCAGCAGAGAACGUAUAUCAUGAUAUCCGAGUAACGUUGAACAUACCGAGCAGUUGAGAAAAAGAAUAAAACACUGAACACCACUGAACAGCUGUACAUAGAAAACGCGCAAGCAAAUUCUUUCAAAUGGAUAUCAUGUGUUAUUUAAAUCAAUAAAUGAAAUUCCAACGUUUUUGCAACUGAAUAAAACUAGCAUAAAUAAUAUAAAAAAUAAUAACACUCGAAAAAUUAACUUGUAUUUAAAACUUAAUAACUGGCGUGUACAGAUUUUAGCUAAAGAACGUUAUUUCAAACGUCUUUUAAAGGAUGCUUUACAAGAAAGGAUAGUGACAAUUGUAUGGUGGCAAAAAAAAAAAAUAGUGGGGUUGCAUUGCAUACAUAAACGUAAAAGUAACAAAAGAGUUUCUAACACACAAAUUAAAGAGUCGAGAAAUGAUGAUGCAAAAAAGGAGCUGAAUUAACGACAUUUUUUCCAAUUUUUUAUUAAAAGAAAGCGAUUUUUUUAAUGCCGUAAUACUUUGGAAUUAAGUCCACUUGCAAGCAAAUUCAAAAAAGGCUUCUUUAAUUUGCAACGCUGUGUAUAGCAUGCGACUUUAUAUAUGGCCAACUAAACAUACCCAGCGCAGCGGCCUUUUCAUAUGUUUAGCUGAAUUCGUGCAAGAAAGUUCGUUAGCAAAUACUAUAUUGUUUUGCUGAGCAUAUAAAUUACAUAGUGCUAGUGAGUUUACUAAAUAACAGCGACUUUCAAAGCAAUCAAAGGACAACUACAAAUCAUUCUAAAUAGCGGUGUUUGUAUUUCCUUAAUUUUAUUAGCAAGGUAUGGAAAUUGUUGAAUCAACGGCAGAGUGUAGUAAAAAACAAAUGAACGAAACGUUAACAGCGGCGUCGAUGGCAGAAAACAGCGGCAAUAGUAGUUUGACUGGUAGUGCUGGUAGCAGCGCUGCAAAUAGUUCUCUGGCUGUUACUACAACAGCGGAAACUAGAACAAAGGAUAACAAUACAACAACAACAAAUUUAACAACUUCAACUGAAAGCUCUGCUAGCAAGGAUAUUGAUAUGGACAUAGAGGAAAUACCAUUAAAGUCCACAGCAACAACAGAUUACACCAAAUCCAAUGAGCAAUGCCAACAACAGUCUGCCAAAUUGGUAUCGACACAUACGGCGCCAAUGAAUGUUAAUACACCCAUUAUAUCAUUGUCAGAUGGUGAAGAUGCUGUGGGCUCACAUCAAACAACAACUUUACAAAAAGCUAGCCGCAAACGUAGUAGUGUAGGCGCUGCUACAGCAGAAGACGACCAGUCAUUCCGUUUGAAACGACGAAAAAUUAAAGUGGCCGGUGCGCCUAAGAUGCCCUUGACUGGUUAUGUACGUUACAUGAAUGAUCGACGCGAGAUGCUGCGUAAGGAACUGCCGUCCAAAACAGCGAUUGAGCACACAAAAAUUAUCGGUGAAGAGUGGCAAAAGAUGACGGAGGACAAAAAAGCGCCAUAUAUGAAAGCAGCUGAAAUUGAUAAACAACGCUACCUCGCCGAAUUGCACACUUUCCUCAAAGAACGUCCCGAUGUGUUGGCAUGCGAGCUGGCUAAAGAUAAGCAAAUACGCAAAAGCCCCGGCGAGGCUGGCAAGACGGUUUUAAAGGAGAAAUCACAGUCGGUAGGCAAUAUUAAACCGCCAAAUAAGGAAGCAAAUGCCAACACAGCCGCUGGUAAAGAUAAAUCACGCCGUAGUUCGGAAAAGGACAAUACGCCGCCAGCAACAACGUUGGAUAAUAAGCCUCGACGUAAGCGCACACCGACACCACCCAUAGCUGGCGAUACACACAGUAGUCAAAGCAAAAACAAUACACUCCACACUAACAACAACAAUAACAAUCACAACUCCACAUCAAGUAGUAAUCAUAAUAGCAAUUCAACCAGUACCACAACACCAACAAGCACUAAUACAGCCAACUCACUCGCAGCCGCAACAGCCGUACCCGGCGAAAUACCAAUAUUCACCAAUGAAUUUCUAGAACAUAAUAAAGUUUUCGAUAUGGAAUUACGUACGCUACGCAAAUCGAAAGCAGAUUUAGAACAACAAAAUGCUGUAUUGGAGAAACAUGUGGAGAAUAUGAAAUUCGGUGUGGAAAAAAUGACUAACGAGAAUGACGAAUUGGCGGAAAAGAAUCGUUUACUCGAAUUAUAUUUGGAUAAAUUGAAAGCAAAGUUGGCGCAUGCGCUCUCCGGUUUGGCCAUACCAACACAGCCAAACGGUGCCACAAUGGAUAAUAUCGAGAAAUAUAUGACUGAUCUCUAUAAGAUGGCGACAACAAAUACACAUGGACCGGCAAGCCUCAAUAAAGCGAAGGAUAUUAUAAGAAAAUUAGAUUUACAGAUUAAUUUGUAACUUAUGUAGUUUAAAGUCUUAGUAGGUUGUUUUAGUUGUUGCUCUAUUUCCUGUAGGAAAGAGUUAGGUUAGAUUAUUUACUUAUCGAUAAUGUAAUAUUUUUAGUCUUAUUGGUAGUUAGCUAUAAGAAAUUAUUCUAUAGCAACAAAUAUAACUCUGAUGAAAAGAAUAUCUUAUACAUUCCAUUCUCUUCGAAUUGAGCAAAAUUCUAAUAUUUGGAGAGCGGAAAUACUCUUUACUUUUUAUGUUCUAAGUUAUGGUUAUAUGAAUUCUAUAUAUAUAAUUUUUGUUUUUUUUUGUUUUAAUUUUACAUUAUUUUAAUCUUAAUAUUUUUUUUUUAGCAAAGUAAGCUAUGCUGAAAUAAUAUUUAAUGCCAUAAAUCCAAUAAUAGAUAUUAGUUAUAAAUAUAGUGGCGGAAAAACCAUAAAAAAUUGUCAAUAAUACAUAUCUUUAGGUUAUUCAAGCGUCAAGUUGUAAAUAAAUAAGAAAAUUAUACUGUC